AUGGCCGGUUCCCCAAACUCCAACCUCCGCGGCUUCAACUACGCCGUGCAAACCCUCCUCAAACAACCAACCCAAUUCCUCCCACACCUAACAAUCCCGACAAUCACCCACCUCCCCGAGAACCUUGGCCAGCACCUCCUCAAACAACCACCAUCAACCUCAACCUCAACCCCGACAACCGCACUACCCACACCAACGAUCCGCGCCCUAGUCCUAGACAAAGAUAAUACCCUCUGCCCCGCAAAAACAACAACCUUCCCACCGCAAAUCCUGAACAAACUAACGACCCUUCGCACCUCCGCAACAUCCCCCUUCAACCAAACCAAAAGCCCACACUCAAUCCUGAUAGUCUCCAACCGCGCCGGCAGCCACGCAACUUUCGACAACGAAGUGCGCGAGCUAGAAGCGCAGCUGGAGCAUCUCCAAAUCCCCGUAUUCAGAUUGCCUGCCGGCGCGGACAAGAAGCCAUUCUGUGGGGAGGAGGUUGUUGCUUGGUUUCGGGAUCGGGGGGUUGUGAAGGAUGCCGGCGAGAUUGCUGUUGUUGGUGAUCGGUUGGGGACUGAUGUGCUUAUGGCCGGGAUGAUGGGGUCUUGGAGUGUUUGGUGUAAGGAGGGGGUAUUUGAGGUUGGGGAGGUUGGGAAGCCUGCCAGGAAUGUCCUGGAGAAGAUGGAGGUUUGGAUUGAGGGGGCUUUGAGGGGGUGGGGGUAUACGGCGCCUGUGCCUCGGGGAUGGGAGGAGAGUAAGAAGGAGGUUUGA